AUGUCCUCACACACAUUGCACAAAUUUCUCAACUUUUUAUUUAUUUUCUUCACCUCGUCAUAUAUCCUCUCCUCUCAAACUGGUUUCUUUCUGCUACACAACAACUAAUUCUUCUUCUUUCGAACCUUCGAUCUAACAACAAUUCACCUUCUUAAUCUCCAUAUGUGCUCAGAUCUGCCCUAAUUACAUCCUCUAGGGUUACUUCACAGAUAUGAAACGAUUACGAGAUGAUGUGAUUAGUAACUCGCAGAUUAAGAGACCUUUUGCUCCUUCACGUGGAGAAUCGUAUGGCCCGCCCCAAGUCCCUGGAGGAGGCGGCGGUGGUGGCGGUGCUAGUAGUGCUCAGAAACUCACUACCAGUGAUGCUUUAACAUACUUAAAGGAAGUUAAGGAGAUGUUCCAAGACCAAAGAGAAAAGUAUGACAUGUUUCUUGAUGUUAUGAAAGACUUUAAAGCCCAAAGAAUUGAUACUACUGGGGUGAUAGCAAGGGUGAAAGAAUUGUUCAAAGGGCACAAUAAUCUAAUUUUUGGGUUUAACACUUUUUUGCCCAAAGGUUAUGAGAUAACUGUUAUUGAUGACGAUGAGCCUCCACCGAAAAAAACUGUAGAGUUUGAAGAAGCUAUAAGUUAUGUAAACAAAAUAAAGAAACGUUUUCAAAACGAUGAUCACAUUUACAAAUCAUUUUUAGACAUCUUGAAUAUGUAUAGAAAAGAGCACACGGGUAUCAAUGAUGUCUACCAAGAGGUUGCUACACUUUUUGAUGAUCAUCCGGAUCUUCUUGAUGAGUUCACAAGAUUUUUGCCGGAUGCGUCUGCUGCUGCAUCUGCGCAUCGCGCUUCAUUUCUCAGGCAAUCAUAUAACUCUUACGAUGAACGAAGCUCGGCUAUGGCUCCACUCAGACAUAGGCAACGAGGGCGGCGAGAUAGGCUAAUUCCUCCACAUGGAGAGCGGGACCCAAGUGUCGAAGGGCAUGAAAUGGAUGAUGAUAAAACAAUGAUAAAGAGGAAAAAGGAGAGCAGGGAUAGAAGACCUCGCGAUCAGGAUUUUAAAGACUCUGGCAUCGAUCACCGUUUUGAAAAAAGGAAGUCUGCAAGAAAAGCUGAAGAUUUUGGAGUGAAUUCGGGCUUGGCUUCAUACGAUGAUAAAAAUGCAAUAAAAAGUUUGUACUGCCAAGAGUUUACUUUCUGUGAGAAAGUGAAAGAUAGAUUACGUAAUUCAGAUGAUUAUCAAGCAUUCUUGAAGUGUCUACACAUUUAUAGCACAGAAAUAAUUACAAGAAAAGAAUUACAGAGCUUGGUUUCGGAUUUACUUGGAAAGCACCCGGAUCUUAUGGUAGGAUUUAGUGAAUUUUUGGAGCGCUGUGAAAAUAUAGAUGGAUUCCUUGCCGGGGUUAUGGACAAAAAAACGUUAUGGAAUGAAGGGCAUGCAUCAAAAUCAACCAAAACAGAAGAAAAAGAAAGAGAGCAUAGACGUGAAAUCGAUGCUGCUAAAGAGGACAUGUACAAAGAAAAGUAUUGGGGGAAAUCUAUACAAGAGCUUGAUCUUUCUAAUUGCCAGCGGUGCACCCCUAGUUACAGGCUUCUUCCUGAUGAUUAUCCGAUUCCAUCAGUAAGCCAGAGAUCAGAGCUUGGCGCUCAAGUACUUAAUGAUGUGUGGGUAUCUGUAACUUCUGGCAGUGAGGAUUAUUCUUUUAAACACAUGCGUAGAAAUCAGUAUGAAGAAAGCUUGUUCAGAUGUGAAGAUGACAGGUUUGAGCUAGAUAUGUUGUUGGAAUCCGUGAGUUCAACUGCUAAACGGGCAGAAGACUUGUUAAAUAGCAUUAACAACAAGUCAGUCAGUACCGAGGUUCCUAUCCGUAUUGAGGCCCAUUUCACAGCUCUGGAUUUACGGUGCAUUGAACGUUUAUAUGGUGAUCAUGGUCUCGAUGUGAUGGAUAUAUUACGAAGAAAUCCAUCUCUCGCGUUGCCUGUUAUAUUGACCCGUUUGAAACAAAAACAAGAGGACUGGACAAAAUGUCGAUCGGAUUUUAACAAAGUUUGGGCUGAAAUAUAUGCAAAGAACCAUUACAAGUCACUUGACCACCGUAGCUUCUAUUUCAAGCAACAAGAUUCCAAGAAUCUCAGCACCAAAUCCUUGGUGGCAGAAAUAAAAGAGAGAAAGGAAAAAACCCAGAAAGACAACAAUCUGCUACUGAGUAUUGCUGCAGGAAGCAGACACUAUAUUACGCCUAAUCUUGAAUUCGAAUUCAUUGACAACGACAUUCACCAAGACGUAUUUAAACUUAUUAAAUACUCAUGUGAUGAGAUGUGCACCACCAAGGAACAACUGAACAAAGUUUUUAGGUUAUGGACAACAUUCUUGGAGCCUAUGUUGUGUGUUCCUUCUCGUCCUCACAAUUCAGAUAGUGCUGAAGAUGCUGAGGUGUCUACCGCUGGACCCGAAGUUAAUGAAAGUUCCUGUGCUGCUGAAGGUGUUAAACAACCAAAACAGGUCAACGAGGAUCAAGUAGAUUUAAGCAAGAAUGGUUUAGUCAAUGGAGAUGUGUUGACCAAGGAAAAUGGCGGUUCUACUUCACCCUCGAAAAUUGAGAAGGAAGAAGGCGAGUUAUCACCUAUUAAUGAUUUUGACGAAGUUAAUCUUACUGCCACAAAGCAUAGUGGAGAUGCUGAUGCUGAUGACGAGGACAGUGUGAAUGUCUCUGGGGGUGCUAACGUUAAUUCUGGCAGUGAGUCAGCUGCAGAAGAUUGCUCAAGGGAAGAUCAUGAAGAAGAUGGUGACCAUGAUGAUCUUGACGGCAAAGCAGAAAGUGAAGGGGAGGCUGAAGGGAUAGAUGAUGCAAAUUUUUCCGGUGGUUAUGCGACGUCUUUGCCGCCAUCUGAGCAGUUUUUGCUGUCGGCAAAACCGUUGACAAAACGUGUGAUAAUAGAUUCUCCUUUACCUGAUGCCAAAGGGAAAGACUCUCAUGUGUUUUACGGAAAUGAUAGCUUUUAUGUCCUCUUUAGGCUUCAUCAAGUAUUAUAUGAUAGGUUAUUGUCAGCUAAACUAAAUUCGACAUCUGCUGAAAUGAAUAGGAAAACUUCAAAAGAGGCUUCCCCUCCUGAUCUGUACUCCAGAUUUAUUAGUGCUCUAUACAAUUUACUUGACGGGUCUGCUGAUAAUGCAAAAUUUGAAGACGACUGUCGGGCUAUUUUAGGAAAUCAGUCUUAUGUGUUAUUUACAUUGGACAAAUUGAUUUAUAAGCUUGUUAAACAGCUUCAAAUUGUUGCGGAUGAUGAAAUGGACUACAAACUUCUUCAACUAUACGAGUACGAAAAAUAUAGAAAACUCGAGAAAUUUGUUGACUCUGUAUACUAUGAAAAUGCACAUGUUCUUCUCCAUGAUGAGAAUAUUUACAGAUUCCAAUGCUCGUCUGGUCCAUCUCAUUUGACCAUCCAGCUGAUGGACGAUGAGAAUGAGAAGGCGGAAAUGGUUGCAGUUUCUGUGGAUCCUAGUUUUGCAGCUUACCUCCAUAAUGAUUUCCUUUCAGUAGUGACCGCGAGAAAGCAAUCUGGCGUUUUGAUGCAGAGAAAUAAACGACACUUUUCAGACUUAGAUGAAUCUAGUGUCAUGGAAGAUGCUCAUGUGGUCAACGGGUUGGAAUAUAAGAUGUCUUGUAGUUCUUCAAAGAUAUCCUAUGUUUUCGAUACAGAAGAUUAUUUCUUCCGUGUGAGAAGAAAAAGGAGAAAGCGAUUAGGAGAUGGAUCAUCAUCACGUAAUCAGGCAAAAAUAGAACGAUUUCACAGAUUCUUAUCAGCAUAAACAUGAAGAAUUUAGCCUAGAAAAAACUGCUACCUAACUCAGGUUUCUUGCGGGUUAACAUAAAAGGAGGAGAAAGGCAAUGUAAACAAUGAAGGGAGGUUAGAUGUGUAAAUAGAGAUUUAAUUGUGUAAAAUGUUGUUUUGCAACUCAAGGUUAAAGUGUUUAUAACAUUACAAUCUCAAAUAGAAGGGAUGUUCUUUAGAGUUUAUUCCUAAAUUUACGCUUAUCUCA